UUCGUUUCCAUCCGCCGCCUCGGCCUGGCCUGGCCGUUUUCCCCCCGUUUUUCGGCCAUGGAGAGCCCGGCCGCGACCCAAGCCAAGCGCUUCACCUGCUCGGUGACCGCAGGGCUGGUGGCAGGAGCGCUUACAAACCCUACGGAGACCAUCCGAGUGAAGUGGCAGGUCCUGUCAAUGACGGAUGCUGCCGCCACCCAAACAGGCCUCGUGCAGUUUGCACGCCAGAUCCUGAAGUCCGAGGGCCUGAUGCGUGGGCUUUGGCAGCCCGGCUGCACGGCCUGGAUGGCCAGCUUUGGAGGCGCCUUCGGCGUCCGCAUGGGCAUCUAUGAAUCCGUGCGUUGCGGCGUGGAGUCUACUACCGGCGCUGACAGGAGCCCGAAGACGGCCUUCCUGGCGGGCCUGUGCACUGGCUCCCUUGCCAACUCGGUGUGCUGCCCCUUCUUCCAAGCGAAGAACCGGCUGCAGGCGCAAAGCAGUGCAUCCGAGCGGAGGAGCCUUUUGGGUGAACUGGUGGCGAUCACCAACGAGAGCGGCUUCACAGGCUUGUACAGAGGAGUACCUGCACUCUUCAUGAGGGGCGGACUCAUCGCUGGGGGCCAGCUGUUCGGCUACGAUACGACAAAGCGGUUCCUGGUCGCCCAGGGUGUGCAGGAGGGCCCAGUGGUGCACCUGGCCUCCUCCUCCGUGUCCGCCGUGACCGCGGUCAUGGCCUCCGCCCCCGCGGACGUGGUGCUGAACCGCUACCAGGCGGGCCCACGCAUCGGCAAGAGCUACGGCAGCUUGCUGGAGGUUGCCUCGGAGCUGGCCAGGAAUGAGGGGCCACUGGCCUUCUACAAGGGCGUGGUGCCCAACGUCAUCAAGUUUUUGCCGCUCUUCCUCAUGAGCAUGCCACUUUUCGAGCAGUUGCGACGUCUGGCCGGGUUGGGCUACCUGAGCUGAUGCCUGAUGGAUCAAUCAGCACGCCCCGGAAAGGAGUUGAAGGAUGA